CUCUAGCUUUAAGAUGGUUGUCCGCUUGCGAGUAUUCUUUUUAUUAUUCUGUACAUUGUCUUUAUUUUGUUCGUAUUAACCUUUAUAGCAAUUCACGCACAAGUUGAAUGUGGAAAACUACGAGAAAGUCAACUGUAUAAUCGAAAGGAGAUCACGGAACCAAAUGAGUACACCUGGAUUGGUCGCGCUGGUUACGGGGACUGGAAUAAUAACAGUGCCGAAUUCAUAAGCCUUUCGGUGUUAAUAAAACCACGUUAUGCGAUCAUUCCCGCAUCAUAUGUAAUAGGCGAGAAUGUGACCGCACCCACGUUCAUUUUGUUUGGCGACUGGCGAGCCUCUGAUAAAUUCUUUCUACUUGGCCAUUGUCGUUCGGAUAAGCGCAUUAGGCAGUGCACCCCGCCCCCUCAAUUGGUGGAUAUUGAGGACCUGGUGGUGCAUCCAGGGUACAUUAGUUCAGAGCUACAAUAUAACCUCGCACUGGCCAAACUGGUGCGAAGCGUAGAGUUCUCCGACUUUGUGCAGCCAAUCUGCUUACCACCAGCAGAGAAAGAAAAAGGCAACCACAUAGCUCAAACUUUGGAGAUCGCUGGAUUUAAGAAAUCGUUUUUGAAAGAAAAGGUUUGGCAGGAGGACGAAUAUUAUCGGCAGAAGUUCAAGGUGACCACGACGAGUCUGCAGUUCUGCAACUCGAAAAUGUUGGUGCCUGUCCGGCUAACUGAAAAUAAUUUGUGCGCCGUAAGAGAUAAGCGAAAAUUACUUUUUCAUGGGUCUCCACUGAUGGGAAUCGAAGUUGUGGACGAGCAACCGAAGAACUUCUACCUAAUUGGAAUAUUAAACGCGAUGAUUACUUAUCCCUCAUCGGAAAUCGAUUCAUUCGUAAUAUUGCGAAUAUAUCCAUUCCGAAACUGGAUCUUAAAUAACAUUGAGGAUUAAAUAAACAAAGAUUUUCAUACUGAUUUUAAGUUUUUGUUUAGUGUUUUAAUAUCAUUUGUUGUCUCAGAUUGGUGCACGCAGGCAUAACGACUAAUAGAAUAUAAAAUCAAAGCUUUAAGUAUUCUCAACUUAGUCUCAGUAUGCAGCUUCUCAAUGUUUGUAAUGAGUGAAAGCUUUAACAUAUAACCCUCAUAAACCUGUUCAUUCUACUGAUCGAGAAUCAGUUUUCAUUAAAGCUAGCUACAAGAUGUUUCGCGGUAGUCAAGAGUUUUAUAUAUUAUUAUCAUUAUUUUUAACAUCAAUUCGCGGACAACUACAGUGUGGAAAUCUGCGGGAAAGCGAGCUCUAUAAUCGAAAAGAGAUCACUGGACCAGAUGAAUACCCCUGGGUUGGUCGCGUUGGAUAUGGAAAUCCGGAAAAUUACACUGCUGAGUUUAAAUGCGUUUCGGUGCUGAUAAAACCACGUUAUGUGAUCCUUCCUGCCGAGUGUGUAAUAGGCAAGGCAGUGACCACACCCACGUUCAUUCUGUUUGGCGACUGGCGAGCCACUGACGACUUCUUUCAACUGGGCGAUUGUCGGGAGGGGAAUGGCACUAGACAGUGCACUCCGGCCUCACAGGUGGUAGAAAUCGAGGACCUGAUUGUACAUCCGGGGCAUACAAUAUCAUUAUCGUUUAACUAUAACCUUGCACUGGCCAAACUGGUUCGAAGCGUAGAGCUAUCAAAUUUCGUGCAGCCCAUCUGUAUGCCACCUUUAGCGAAAGAUAAGGACAAUUAUAUCUUCCAGAGUCUGGAGAUAACUGGAUUCAAAAAAGUGUACACGUCAGAGAAGACUUGGGAGGAGGACGACUAUUAUCGACAGAAGAUGAAGGUGCACACGGCAAGUUUGCAGUUCUGCAAUUCGAAGAUGUUAAUUCCCAUCUUGAUGAACGAGAAUAAUUUGUGUGCUUUGAGAGACAAGCGUAACCUUCUGUUUAACGGAUCCCCUAUAAUGGGAGUCGAAGUGGUUGACGAAAAACCAACGAACUUCUACCUUAUUGGAAUAUUAAUAACAGUCAUUUCAUAUCCUACUUCGGAAAUAGAAUUAUUGCCAAUAUUACGUGUAUCGCCGUUUAGGAACUGGAUUGAGAAUAACUUUGUGGACUAACUAAGCCAAUGGUAUUUGUGGUACUUCACAUUUUUGUCCUUAAUAUAUAAAUAUUUUUAAAAAAUAUUUUUAAAUUAAUCAUUAGAUUCUCAAAUAAACCUCUAAAAUAUUUUCAAAA